GUCCGACAAAUAGUCGUCUCAAACGGCGGAUCAAACUUCGAGUGCUCUUCAGAUCCGGAGGAAAGGAAACAGUUAUGGAAAGCGAGACACGAGUUGUACUACUCGUGCAAAGCACUCGUCCCCAACUCGACGGCUCUCAUAACCGAUGUUUGUGUCCCGAUCUCGAAGUUAACCGAAAUGAUCGUCAAAACCAAAGAACUGAUAGCCAGUGAAGGGGUGUUGGGGCCUAUGUUUGGACACGUAGGGGACGGCAACUUUCAUACCAUACUAGUGUUUAACAGAGAUAAUGAUGAAGAGUUGGUUCGCGUGAAAAGAGUGGCCACGAAAAUGGCUGAAAUAGCGCUGGACUUAUGCGGCACCUGUACGGGAGAGCACGGCGUAGGCCGAGGGAAAGUGCUGUUAAUGCGAUCGCAAUACGAUUCAGUGGCCAUCGAUCUCAUGAAGAGCAUCAAGUUGACAUUAGAUCCCAAGAACCUCAUGAAUCCUAACAAAUUCGAAAUACAGGCAAAGAAUGUCAGCGUUUUGGUAGAGAACGGAGAGAUCCAUGGAUUCACGCAAACAUUUAACGGCACAGAAUUGGAGACCUAUUUGGGUAUCCCAUACGCGGAACCGCCUGUCGGUCCCCUCAGGUUCCAAAGGCCGGUGCCGACGAAGAAGUGGUCCAAACCGGUGGAGGCCUUCCAGUGGCCCAACGCUUGCUAUCAAUCGGACGUUGAGUUACCUCUCAUGCAAAACAAGAAUCGGAGCGAAGACUGUCUGUAUCUCAAUGUAUUCACACCCGCAAGAAAUGGAUCCGCCGACGCUCUCAGACCGGUAAUGGUAUGGAUACACGGCGGCGCCUUCAUCAUAGGGUCGACCAGUGAAAUCCAAUACAAUCCACUUGUUUUGACCGCCAGAGGAGAUGUGGUUAUAGUUUCCAUUAAUUAUAGAUUAGGAGCGUUGGGAACGCUUUAUGGGGGAACGGAUGACACGCCUGGAAACACUCUCUUCUGGGAUCAGACUCUAGCCCUUCAAUGGGUUAAGACUAAUAUUAAAAGUUUCGGCGGAGAUCCCAAUAGAGUGACAAUAUUUGGUGAGAGCGCCGGCAGUAUGUCUGUGAGUGGUCUCAUCCUAUCGCCCAAAAGUGGAGAUCUCUUCCAAAACGCUAUUAUGAUGUCCGGCGCGGCACUUAUCUACGGAGCGGUUGAAACGCCUGAAACAGCCCUCAAGUAUUGGUUAAAACAAACACAACUAAUCGGUUGUUCAGACAAAAGUGACCACAAAUUUACGCCUAAAAUAAUUGAAUGCUUGAGGAAAGCCCCGGUAGAGAAGUUGGCAGUCAUUCUUAAAAGUCCUUUCGAUGUAUCGGGAGAUAAAAUAGAUGUCGUUCCCAUGUUUGUAGUAGAUGGCCAGCAUUUUACAAAAACGCCGAUUGAGAUGCUAUUAAGUGGUGAUCAUAAGAAAGGUCUAAAUCUAUUGAUUGGCAAUUGUCAGGACGAGGGAUCAAUUCUGUUGGCAUCACUCGUAGAUAAUAUCACUUUCAAUAUGACUUCUCCCAAAUAUUUUACAUACAAUGAGGCGUUUGACAAAUUGAAGGCAUUAUCGUCGGGACUUACUUCAAGCAAACCAAUCAAUGGCGAAGAGGUGUCUAAAAUGUAUUUUACGGGUCUUUCCUCUAAAACAGACAAAAAUUUAUUGCUUCAAGAAAUUGGUGUCGCUUUUGGAGACUAUGCUAUCAUUUGCCCGACUAUUCAGUUUGCAAAGACCCUGUCGUCUAAUGAUAAGACUCAUAGCAAAGUAUACCAAUACUAUUACAAUAGCAAAUUUGGGCCAAGAUUUGUGUGUAUGGGCUCCUGGAUGGGUGUUUGUCACGCCAGUGAUCUACUGCCAGUAUUUGGACAGCCUUUCCUUCAGCCGGACGGGUAUUUAGAUCGCGAACGAGAGAUAUCCAUACAAAUGAUGGACUUUUUCAUUAACUUUGCGAAGAAUGGCACUCCCGGUGUGAUCGAUGGUGCGGAAUGGCCUCAAUACUACUCAGUCGGUGACCACACUAUAGCUCCCUAUUAUGAGAUCACAAACCAACCAAAAUCUGUCACUAAUUUUAAUGCCGGCCUUAAGAUCGAUGAAUGCGAGUAUUUGUGGGAUCAAUACAAUCAU